AAAGUCCAACCUAACUAUCUCCCCUACUUCCCCAAAGUGAGGGAAGUUGACCAAACAGGUCGAAUUUUGGCGUUUCCCAAAGUUCUACUUCCCAACAAAAGACGAACAUCUCCAUACCGUUAGUCAACUUCCUUCCACCACAAGCCAGUGUACCCCCCCAAAAAUCUUAAACUCCGAUCAGACCAUGAGUUGUCACCCUCCUCCUCUUACACCCAAACCCGAUGAAGACGCCGACCCAUUAAUCAGACCCACCCAAACCACCACAACAACCAUUCUCCAUACAACUCGCAAAAAAGGAAUCGGUGUUCGUGCCUGGCUUCUCCUAGACUCAACAGGCCAAACCCAGAUAGUAGAAGCUGGUAAACAUGCUAUUAUGCGUCGAACCGGGUUACCUGCCCGUGAUCUUCGGAUCCUUGACCCACAGUUAUCUUACCCAUCAACGGUUUUGGGUAGAGAAAGAGCAAUUGUUAUUAAUUUGGAACAUAUUAAAGCUAUAAUUACUUCCCAAGAAGUUCUUUUGUUGAAUUCUAAAGACCCUUCUGUUAUUCCUUUUGUUGAUGAGUUGCAAAGAAGGCUUUUGUGUCAUUAUAAUGCUACUAAAGCUCAGGAGGGCAAUGGUAAUGAUGCAAAUUGGACAACUUUGAAUAACCCAGAAGAGCCACAAUCAAAAGCAAGGAAUAAGAACUUUCCAGGGGGCUUUCGAUGUGAUCAGGAUGGCAAUGAGGCAGGUAAGGUAGAUGGGAGACCAAGUCUUGAGAAUCGGGAUAGGUCAAAUGUUCUUCCAUUUGAAUUUGUUGCUUUAGAGGCAUGCCUUGAGGCUGCUUGCGGUUGCUUAGAAAAUGAAGCAAAAACACUGGAGCAAGAGGCGCAUCCAGCAUUGGAUAAACUGACUUCAAAGAUCAGUACUCUCAAUUUAGAACGUGUUCGGCAAAUUAAAAGUCGUUUGGUUGCAAUAACUGGCCGUGUUCAAAAGGUUAGGGAUGAGUUAGAGCACUUGUUGGAUGAUGAUGAGGAUAUGGCUGAGAUGUAUCUAACAGAAAAGUCGACUCAACACCUAGAAAAUUCAUGCACGUCAUCUUUAAAUGAGAGAGAUGACAUGGAUGACGAAUACGUACAAGAUGACUUCGAUGAGAGGAUUCCUGCUGAGGUCCCACUGGAAGCUCAUGGGGCUUCUACUAGCUUUGAGGGUGAUAUUCACAAUGCUAGCAACGCACAAAAUAUUUUUGGUGCUGCUAACCUGCUUCACAGGGAUAGCCAUGGGACGCGUAGCAGUACCACUCAAAGUGCCAUAAGCAAGCACCUUGAUGUUGAAGAACUGGAAAUGCUCUUGGAGGCUUACUUUGUGCAAAUUGACGGCACCCUGAAUAAACUAUCCACACUGAGGGAGUAUGUCGACGACACUGAGGAUUACAUCAACAUAAUGCUGGAUGAUAAACAGAAUCAUCUCCUGCAAAUGGGGGUCAUGUUGACAACAGCAACCCUAAUUAUCAGUUUUGGUAUCGUUGUUGCUGGUAUUUUUGGCAUGAACAUCAAGAUUGAGUUGUUUAAAGAAGCGGUGGAAACGGGGAUGCCAAAGUUUCUAUGGACUGUUGGGGGCAGCUGUGCUGGGAGCUUAUUCCUGUAUGUUGUUGCUAUUGCCUGGUGCAAGCACAAGCGCUUGCUAGAAUAGUUGAGGGGAUUGUUAGCAUCACCGAAGGGCCUCUACGAGGCGGCAUUAAAUUUGAGCUGCUAUUGUCUGAUAUUAUGACUUGCAACUUUUUAUACGCAUCCUAAUUUUAAAGGGUUGGUAGUUCAUCUAGUGAUUUCAAGUUUGCACCAUGUUGGAUUCUGAGGAAAACUAUUCCCCCAUUGUAUAGUGCUCAAGAUUCUCAUGUACUAAAAAAGACUGUUUCUUUA